UCAUGGCAAUACCUGUUUGUAUUGCAUUUGUAAGUCGCGAAACAUCGACUUUGCUGUCCAGUUUCCUCUCGUUCUUCCGCCAAAUGAGUAACAAUAGAGAGGUUAUCGGUAUUGUUACCGACGAUUCACCUGCUAUAGCUGCUGCCAUAACGCAGGUGUAUCCCAAUUCACACCACCUUUUGUGCCGCGUGCACCUUCUUCGAAAUGUCAUCAAGAGGAGGCUACGAUCUGAUCUUCUUCAGAUGUUCUACCGUCUUAUGCUAACAAGAAAUGUGGAAAGCUUCCAACGGUAUGUGUCAUUUAUCGAAGCAGCAGACGGGAAUUUCUAUCAAUAUUUGAGAGAUCAGUUAUUGUCCAAAAAGCACAAGUGGUCGAACGCUUUUAGACCAGCUGCAAUGCUUCUAGAUCAAAGCAAUACAAAUUUCGUUGAGACGACCCAUCGAAUUUUAAAGUUGCAUAAGCUGAACAGAAAAACACCCGUGUUCAGAUCGAUAUUUAGUGUUCUGCUUCGCACUGGAUAUUGGAUAGAAGCUCGAGUUCAAAAGUACUCCACUGAAUGCCGUAGCAGGGCUGUGCUGGGUCGCGAGCCUCAACUACGUCGUCUUCAGGCCCUUUUCAGGGCCACCCACAAUUUGAUCUAAAUUUUGUUUGAAUUUCUUGUUUCCAUUUUAAGGAGGAGUCAUGAAACCAUCAAUAAUUCAUUUCACAUUCAUAUGAUUUGGUUACUAGGUACAGUAGAGAAAUGUAGUAAGAUCAGUUCACUAGUACAACAAGAUCUUUUCUAUUGCUAAGGUCAAGUGAACAGACACUGAUCGGUCAUCACAAUUCCAUAGUAAUUAAGCUGUAGAUUAAUAAUUAUCAUCGCUCACUUUAUUACCAUGCCAACAGCUUUCCAGGUUUUUCAAAUUUACGGUUUCAGUGAACGAUUCCGUACAGAAAACAACGUCAUAUAAUAAACAUUAAUCUGUCGAACAAAAGUAUAUGCAAAGGUGUGUACGAUCAUUCCAAUCUCUUUUCACUUAGCUAAGGUAGACGAUUGUACUGAGAUCAGUUCAUUAGUACAACAAGAUAAUUUGUAUUGCUAAGGUCAAGUGAACAUACACUGAUCAUUCAUCACAAUUCCAUAGUAAUGAAGAUGUAAAAUAACUUUUUCUAGAUUAAUAAUAAUAAAGUGAUUAUCGAUCACUUUAUAAUUUUGUCAACAGCUUUUAAGGUUUUUCAAAUUAAAGGUUUCAGUAAACGAUUCCGUACAGAAAACAACGUCAUAUAAUGAA